AUGACCGGGCUACGUAGGAUUGGGGCUCCCAAGGUGGCAAUGCUCUUGGCGGCCCUGGUCUUUGCCUUGCCGGGACUUGACUGGUCACCCACGGAUCACUGCGAAUUGUUCGCAGGAGAGAUGGCUAUCACCCGUGCGGAACUGGAGGCAGGCAGACGGGCCGUGGCAUUCGACGUGCGGUACGACAGUCUCUUUAUGAACUUUAACGGUGACUGCGGGUACUGUCACGCCAUCUAUCAGGUCUUGAGAUUGAUCCCCGGUGGUGGCCUCAUGAUCGCGCCCGUGUGCUCGUCAUGGAUCUUCAUGUCCAGAGGGUCAACGAAACGGAGCAAGUACAACGCUCGAGGCAACCCUUCUGCACCCUCCGUGCAACAGGGAAACCUGAUGGCUGCACGCACAGCUAUACUAUUAUACCUGGCCGCCGCGCGGGGCGUGUGGUUCGUUCUGGAGCAACCUUCUGGUAGCCUAUUUCAGGAGCACCCUCGUAUACAGCAGCUUCUCCGUAUUCUGAAACUACGAAAGAAGCUUAUCCACAUGCUCGAUUUUGGUGGUUUCUCCAGCAAACCCACAUGGCUUUACAGCAGCCCCGCGACUUCAUAUCUCAGCAUAAAUAGUUUUGGGGACCCCACCACAGAAGCCUUACAGCCCCAUGCAUAA